UGGAGAACUAUGACGAACAGACACGAUAAUAUCAAAUAUAUGAUGCAGUUACCUGGCCAUACUAGAUGUUUGAUUGACGCCGGUUUUGGCAGAAUUAAACAGAGGUAUCGUAGGGAGGAUGUUGAUACGCUUCAACACGUAGCGGAUGUUGUUGAUCUGUCAUCCUGUAGCAACGUCUCAGUUGUGUAUGGCAGGGAUACAUGGAAAUGGAGGCAGUGGAAGGCUUUCUUCGGCGAUAGAUAUAAAAAAGUUCCGAAUAUAUCCAAGUACCACUACUUCCGGUUCACUUCAACAGACCCCGGAGCCGUAUUUAUGAAAAUGUCUGCGGUUGACACAGAGGAGACAAGGUUUGUCGUCUGUAAAACAAACCUUCUUGCCAUGUAUUCAUACGACAUUCCCCAAGAAAUAAUGCCAGCUGGACUUAGCCGAGAGCGACAGCGCUACCUUUACAGCCAGGUUCGCCCGCUUGUGAGACUUCAGUUUCAGGAAGAAUUCUGUGCAGUACCAGCCCAAGAAUAGUGGACAUGUGAAAAGCAAUGUCUUUAAAUGGGAGCUUUUUAACGCUAGACGUUUGUCGUCUCGUGAACAAAGUGUUUACAAAUGUGUAAAAAUGA